AUGUCCGGACGAAUAAUUCCUCGACGCUUCUUCGAUGUCACCGCAGAGCCCGAUCGAUUUUUCUUAACAAUCCAAGGCUACGAAACUUGUCGAUUACUUUCAUUGAGAAAAUCACUCGAGCCGAUCAAAUCGUUGCUUUACAAUAUCGACUCGAUUCUCGAAGUCGUUGAACAAAAUUGUCAAAAACCUGCGAAUAAAUUAACUCCGGAUGAGUCUGGUUCGAUCUAUCUUUACACAAUGUCAUGGCCUCCGCCACAUCGAAGUUUGUCGAGCCUCUUAAACGAGCACCUUCGCUCGAAAAAUCGUCAUGGAUUAACUCCUUGGUUUCCGUUUCUAAAACUGUUUUUCACAGCAUUGUGUAAACUUCCAUCAAUUAAAGGAACUGUUUGGCGCGGUGCACGUGCGAAUCUCUGCGAUCAUUACAACGUUGAUCAUGUCUGGUGGGCGAAUAGUUCGUGUUUUGAAUCAUUAAACAUUUUAGAAGGUUAUAUUGGAACGAGCGGAGUUCGAACGAUCUUUCAGAUCGAAUGUUUCGAUGGCAAAUCUCUUCAAUCUCAUUCAGCAUUUAAAGAUGAAAACGAAAUUUUGUUAAUGCCGGGAAGUUUCUUUCAAGUUCUUGCGAAAUGGCAAGCAGGAAAAGAUUUAUUUAUGAUUCAAUUAAGACAAAAAUCGUCUUCGUACCAAAACAUUCCAGCUUCAUUAGAUUUAUCGUUGAAUUCCCAUGAAAAAUCAUUAUUUUCAAACGAAAAGAAAAUCGUUUCCAGUGGAAAUACGACUUUCACAAAAUCAUCAGAUCAAAACAAGAAAUGGAAGCAAAAAGGACUGACAAUCAUCGGUGAUUACGGAAAAGGCAACCGAUUGGAUCAAGUUUCUCGCUUUGAAGGGAUUUCAAUCGAUGAAAACAAAACCAUACUCAUUGCCGAUACGGAAAAUCAUCGCGUACUUUUAUGGAAAUUUCGUUCGAAAAGCGGUCAAACCAUUGUUGAUGAAAAUCCGAAACGCAAUGCCAACGAAAGAAUCAAAUGUCCGAUGAACGUCAUUUUCUACAAAGAUAAAAAGUCGUUCAUCAUCUCCGAUCGAGAAAAUCGACGCGUUAUUCGAUGUUACGGACGAUACAAAGAAAAUCAAGAAGUUCUCUUCAACGAUAUCGAUUGUUGGGGAUUAGCAAUGGACACAAAUGGAAAUAUCUUCGUUUCCGAUUACGAAAAGAAUGAGAUAAGAAAAUGGAAAAAAGGUAAAAUCAAUGGAAUUUUAGUUGCAGGUGGCAAUGGAAAUGGAAAUAAAUUAAAUCAGUUCAAUGGACCAACUUAUAUUUUCAUUGAUCCAGAGGAUUCGAUUUAUGUUGCGGACAAUUUCAAUCAUCGAAUUAUGAAAUGGGAAAAAAAUGCGCGACAAGGAACUGUUGUCGCAGGAGGAAAUGACUGUGGAGAUGAACCAGAACAAUUAAUUCAUCCGCAUGCGAUAGUUGUUGAUCAAUUUCAUCAAAUCUUCAUUGCUGAUUGGGGAAAUCAUCGAAUCAUGAAAUGGAUCGAAGGAGACAAUAAAGGAUCGGUGGUUGUCGGAGGUAAUGGGAAUGGAAAAGAAUCCAAUCAAUUAGCUUAUCCAACAGGUUUAACAUUCGAUCAACAAGGAAAUCUUUAUGUAGCGGAUAGUUUAAAUUAUCGCAUUCAACUUUACGAAAUGGAUUCAGACUGA